AAAGAACCAACUUCCCUACAGCCAUCAUACAGUUUUUCGUUGCAGAUCCAAAAAGGUAGUCCAAAUUCACAAUGAAGGUAUUCGUAGCUUUGUUCGCCCUUGUAGCCGUCGCCUCCGCCGGAGUGUUGGUACCCCAAACCUACAGCUACGGAUUGGGAUCCUCCCUGUUGGCUGCUCCCCUUAGCUACGCCGCCUCCCCACUCGCCUACUCCGCUCCACUCGCCUACUCCGCCCCAAUUGCCCACCAUGCUCCACUUGCCUACUCCGCCCCAAUUGUAGCCGCCGCCCCAGCCAUCCAAUCUGGAUACGUAGCCGCCACCCGUGGAUCCAUCCACACCGCCCCACUUCCGGAAGGCCCAUUCGCCGCCAGCCACCACAUCAACACCGCCCCAGCCCCAGGAACCUACUGAAUUUGUGACUAGGAACUGUAAAAAUAAAAUAUAAAACCCAAA